AUGGGUUGUGGCAAUAGAUCAACCAAGCUGGCACGCAACUUCUGCUCGAAAAACCUUCAGCAAAUCUUGAAACAAGAGGUACAGAAAGUUAACGAGUGGUGGGCAACCCCUCGGUUUCGCAAUAUUCAAAGAACCUAUACUGCAGAAGAUGUAGUCAAGCAUCGCGGAAGUUUACCUGUGCAGGCCUCCCAGUAUCUCUCAUCAUACCAGGCGCAGAAACUGUUCCAAUUGUUAGAUGAGAAGUUUAAGAGCAAAUCACCAGUGCAUACAUUGGGAGUCAUCGAUCCGGUACAAAUGAGCCAAUUGGCCAGAUGUAAGGAUAUUCGCGUUGCUUACGUCUCCGGCUGGGCUUGUUCAUCUACGCUCGUUGGUUCAACAAACGAAGUUUCACCGGAUUUUGGUGAUUAUCCUUACGAUACGGUACCGAACCAAGUUGAAAGGAUUUUCAAAGCUCAACAAAUGCACGAUCGCAAGCUCCACUUGGCGAGGUUGCAACAAAAGGGCAAAGCAGCAGCUGACGAGACGGACUACUUGAAACCUAUAAUUGCCGACGCCGAUAUGGGCCAUGGAGGAGUCACUACCGUUAUGAAAGUCGCUAAAUUGUUCGCAGAAAAGGGAGCAGCAGGAAUUCAUCUUGAAGAUCAAUUGGUUGGCGGUAAGAAAUGUGGCCAUUUAAGUGGCGCAGUGAUCGUGCCGACCUCCACGCAUGUGUCGAGGCUGAUUGCAACAAGAUUCCAAUGGGACCUAAUGGGAACUGAAAACCUUGCAAUCGCCAGAACGGACUCCUGCAAUGCAGGAUUGAUAAGUAGCAGCACUGAUCCCAGAGAUCACCAAUACAUCAAAGGUGUCAUAAAACCAUAUACCACUGCAUGGAGCGAGCAGUUAGUUGACUUGGAGAGGGAAAGCACCGUUGCUAACCGUCAUAUUCUUGGCGAUGCAGAGACCGAAUGGUAUGCUCAGAACGAGACCAUGACUUUUGAUGAAGCUGUCGAGCGCCAGCUCAGCGGUAAUGAGUAUCAAGCUUAUCAUAGAAUGAAAGCCGAGAGAAUGCAGCAGCAGAAAAGAAACUACCUGAGUCUCCUGGAGAUGAAAGCAAUUGCCUCCAUGGCUGCUCCCAAUAAGGAAGUUAUUUUCGAUUGGGACAAACCGAGAACGAUGGAAGGCCAUUACAUGUAUCAUGGCUGUAUGGAGGCAGCAAUUCAAAGAUCUCAGAUCUUUGCACCAUACUCAGACAUGCUGUGGCUCGAAACAAAAAUUCCCGAUCAGCUUCAGGCUCGCUCUUUUGCUGAUAGAAUCCAUGAGCAAUAUCCCGAGGCCAAACUCGUCUAUAACCUCUCACCCAGUUUCAACUGGAGCGCCCAUGGCUAUACGCCAGAUUCCCUACAAAGCUUUAUAUGGGACAUAGCCCGCUACGGAUUCGUACUCCAGCUGGUUUCUCUGGCGGGAGUUCACGUCGACGGGCUAUCCUUCUGGCAAUUGGCAAAAAAGUUUCAAGAGACUGGCAUGCGGGCCUACGUCGAUCAAGUCCAGAAAAUAGAAAAAGUCGAAAACUGCGAUCUACUCACCCAUCAGAAAUGGUCGGGGGUCGAAUAUGUCGAUUCCCUAACUAAGGUCGUCCAGAAUGGAUCGUCCGCUCAUACCUCAAGCACCGGAGGUGACAGUUUUACCGAAUCUCAGUUUUAG